AUGGUCUCAGCAGCGAGCGAUAUGACGCUCGACGAUGCCUGGGAGCAAGUCAGGAGCGGUACAGCGGUAGGAUGGACAAAGGCUUCAUCAAUAGCACAGUCAGGCUGGUCGAAGACAACGAAACGAACUAACAAUUCUUCCGCAACUUCCAGCAUCCUAUCCAUCGCCCUCAUCCCCCGCUCAAUACCAGAAAACUCCCUCCCAGCAAUCCCAAAAUUCACCCUCGACUAUGGCGGUCCCGCAGCGUCCCCCUACAAUAUCUCCAAAGUCGCCCUCCUCAUCGAGAACCGCCCGAACCCCAUCCUCGCUCCGCUCAUGUUGCAUUUCAUGACUGUCGUGCCCCCCGACUGGCGCUUCCGCUUCAUGGGCAGCAUUGAGAGCGUCGCGCUCGUAAAUUCCAGCCGCGCAGUGCGGGAUCAAGUCGCGGCGGGGAAGCUUGAUCUAACCUAUAUCCCGGCGAACAUGACGACGGGAAGCCAGGAGGAAAUCAGCCGUUUCUUGACAACGUUAUGGCUCUACGAGACGGUUCUGCAGCCUGCGGAAUGGCUGCUGGUUUUCCAGACAGAUAGCGUCCUGUGUGCGAAUAGCAGACAGUCGCUCAACAAUUACCUGGAAUACGACUGGGUUGGCGCGCCGUGGAAUCCAGAUGGCAGGUUUGGAGGCAAUGGCGGGCUUAGUUUGCGGAGGGUUAGCAAAAUUGUCGAUGUGCUACGGAAUCAAGAGCGGUUCCCCAACUCGGAACCCGAGGACGUCUGGCUUACGGAUCGAUUGGGACAUCGACCGGGUGCCAAACUCGCAAACGGCACAGUUUCCUUGGUGUUCUCGGGGGAAAUGUUCAGUGGGAAGGAAGUCCAGGUUGGGGGGAAGAAGGGUGGGAAGAAGGAUCCUCUGAAGGCGGGGGAGCUGAUCAAGGGCAUCGACGACUGGAGAGAGGGGUUUUAUGAGCCCAUGGGUUAUCAUACUGGUGGCAGUGGCUCUACGCUACACUCUGGGAUCUGGGGUACGCCUGAGAUGCGCAAGCAUAUCUGGUCGUACUGCCCCGAAGUCAAGAUGACGCUCAAGAUGGACGCCGCCAAGUACGUCCCUGGCGAUUGCGCCUCAUCCUGGAAACGCUCCAUGGACGUGAUGGGCUUAGGUGAGGACACGCCGGAGACAGAAAUCAUCGACGGUGUCGAGUAUCCGAUAUUACCAGGCGGCCUAGUGCCUUGGUAA